AUGUCCUGCCUCUCUCAGCCCGGUAACCGGAUGACCUCGCGACCGAAACUCACGCUGCAAACCACUUCUCUACCGCGCACCUUUGGCAGUUCAACCACCGGCCUCUCUCUUUCCUUUGCGGCAGGCGCAUCGCCGACAGUACGCAACACCUUUAAGAAUGCCUACGAUGUCGCUUCUCCAUCUUCGGCCUCAGUGUCUCCCUCCAAGGCAACUGCACCCGCAUCCAUAAUCACAACCACAUCCACAUCCACAUCCACAUCUACAUCUACAUCUACGUCCACACCAAGCACCCGCUUCAGCAACGGCAAACCCAUCUCUCCCUAUAUCCAUCACCCUCCAACAAACCACUCGUUCAGCUACCGUCCCUACCAACUGCCCCUAGGAGUGCGCAGCAUCCUCCGCAAUUCCCCUCUGGAACCCUCUCGCCGCCGCUCAGGCUCCAUAUCCGCAGGCACCAGCGGGCCCACAGGCAUACGGCGGAUCUUCUUUCCCGCCAAGAAGACCGUCAGCUAUCGGUGCCCACUCGAAGAGGAGAUUCACACUGAAAAAUACACGGCGCAGCAUCUAGAUCUCCUCCACGAGGAGGCUGUGCUGCAGGCACCCGCGCCCGCGCCCGCGUCAGUACCCGCACCUAUUUCCGACCCCACCGACUCGGAUUCCGAUUCGGGCUGUGCAUCCCUUUCCGAGGCGAGUACCUCGGACGAAGGCAGUGCCGACGAAACAGGCGUCCCAGGGACCUCGUUGUCGAAGAUCGAGCGCAAGAAACGUCGCUCCAUGGGCGUGGAGCGUCAGGUGCGAGCCGUGGCUUUGCUGGAUGGGUUGGAAUCGGAUUAUUCCUCUACGCCGCAGACACCGAGACAAGGGCGGGCGAAAAGGAGACGAGAGUGGAAGUGGACUCUUGGUCCGUUGCGCCCGAACGAGAAGUGUGUUCAGGACUCAUCGUUGCCUACGGACACAGCGGAGCCGCAUUCUGGCCUGUGA